AUGCCAGCUACAACACAAGAGACGAUCAGUCUCUCGAGCACAAAUGUCAUCAUCCACCCUCUGGUGCUUCUGUCAGUUACAGACCAUGCAUCGAGAUCGGCAUCAGGCUCGCGCAAGCGAGUUGUGGGUGUAUUGCUGGGCCAAGAACUCAAUAAUGGCAAGACAAUCAACGUCGCCAACUCGUUUGCCGUUCCGUUUGAGGAGGACGAGCGAGACGCUAAGACGUGGUUCUUGGAUCACGAUUACAUUUCCGGCAUGAUGGAGAUGUUCAAAAAGGUGAAUGCACGUGAAAAGAUGGUUGGAUGGUACCACACAGGCCCUCGACUGCGUUCAUCAGAUCUCGAAAUCAACGAGUUGAUGAAGCGUUUCAUCCCACGACCCGUCAUGGUGAUUGUCAACCCAAGGCAAAGGGAUGUCGGCAUUCCGACCGAUGCAUACUUUGCCGUCGAGGAGAUCAAGGACGAUGGAACUGCAACACAAAAGACAUUCAUGCACGUCCCAAGCACCAUCGAAGCAGAGGAGGCAGAGGAGAUCGGUGUCGAGCAUCUUUUGCGCGACAUCCGCGAUACAACAGCGGUAGGCACUCUGUCGACACGCGUAUCGAGCCAGCUGUCGAGUUUGCGAGGAUUGCAAUCACGGCUGCUAGAGAUUCGAGACUAUCUGCAAGCAGUGGUGGAAGGAAAAUUGCCAGUGAACCACCAGAUCAUCUAUGAUCUACAGGACAUCUUCAACCUGUUGCCGGACCUGGAUAAGAACGUCGAGGCGGCCAAGUCGUUUGCGGUCGACAACAAUGACCGAUUGCUCGUCGUCUACCUUUCCAGUCUGAUCCGUGCCGUGAUUGCACUGCACGGGCUGAUCAACAACCGACGCGAAAACGAGAAGGGUGAGGAAGAGGCCUCAAACACAAUCACCAACGGUACUUUGACAGGAGGUAAGGAAGCGGCGGAUGAUGCCAAGAAGGAUGAGGCGAAAGAGGAGAAGAAGAAGGACUAA